AUGUAUGCAGAUGACACCGUUCUCUUCACGCAUGGCACCGACGCCAACAUCGUCGCUCAGAAACUCUCGGUGGCCAUGGAAAAGCAAAAGUUCCACAUCCCCCAGAUAAUCGGUUGCAUCGACGGCACCCACAUUCCUGUUUUACCACCAAGUGAAGGCUACAAGGACUUUGUUAACCGAAAAGGAUGGCCUUCCUAUGUCCUCCAAGCUGUGGUGGACGACACGUAUCGGUUUUGGAACAUAAGCUGCAAACUGCCUGGAAGUGCCCACGACGCAAACGUUCUUAGGCACUCGGCGUUGUUCAGCCAUGCAGAUCAGCUACCUAAAGGCCUAAGGGAAAUCAACGGUGUUGCUAUCAACCAUUUCCUUCUGGGAGAUCCGGCUUAUCCUUUAAUGGAGUGGCUGAUCAAGGGGUACACCCAUUCCCCACGCAUCACCCCUGAGCAGGAGUCAUUUAAUGUCUACUUAAGCUCUGCAAGGACCACUGUCGAGAUCGCCUUUGGGAGACUGAAGUCACGCUGGCGAGUUUUGCUCAAGCGUAGUGACUUCCAUUUUACAUUCACCCCUCAUGUGAUAGCUACAUGUUGUGCGUUGCAUAACCUGUGUGAAGAUGAGAAGGACGGUGUAAACCCCACCUGGACCGAUGAGGCUGCCGCUUUAGCCGCCGACCUACCACAACCUGGUGCCCGUGCCCACAACACAGACACUGCAGGUGGUCAGAAGAUCAGGGAGGUGCUUACAGAUUAUUUGAGCACAAACUUCCCUCUGCGCAGACCUUUGUUUUAGCAUUUGCUAGCUUCAUCUUUUGUUUCUGUACAGCACGCUGCAUCUUUC